AGUGCGAGCAACAAACCAGCGGCGAUACCACACAUUUUCCACGAGUUUCAAGAGAAAUCUUAGCAACCUAAGCAGAAAACCAGCUCCAAAAUGCCGAAAAACAAGAAGCAAGCAAGCUCCUCGGACUCCGAUUCGGGACCGGAAGAUCGUAACCCGGUCAAGAAGGCCAAGCCGUCGGAGGGUGGUGCCGCCGGCAAAUCAGACCCGACUGACGAUGGAUCCAUCCAGCUCGACAAGAACCGCAAGAUCACGGUGCGCGAGUUCAAGGGCAAGGUGUACGUGGACAUCCGCGAGUUCUACGAAAAGGACGGCAAGCAGCUGCCGGGCAAAAAGGGCAUCAGCCUGUCGGGUGCACAGUGGAAGAAGCUGCUCGAGUCGGCCGAUGAAAUCAACGAGAAGUUGAAGCAGUUUUAAGAUUUCGGAUGCUGCGGAAGAGAGGGCAAAGACAGAGCGGGUUCCUUUUCUUUUGUUAUAAUAAAUUAAUACAUUCUUUGCCCGACGCGACACUAGGCGCGUGGGCUACAGUAAAA